AUGAUGUUUGUACAGCAGUAAAGCAGCAGAGGGAAGCGGCUCAAAGGGGCUUAAUCCAUCACAUGCAGCCUCACAGAGGGGCCCAGUGACCACAUCUGACCCAGGACCGGGAUUGGACCUCAUAGGACCGGUGAUACCAGUAAGUGUCUCCCCCGAGCCGGUGCAGCACACAGCGGCCUGAUUCGUGUGACUGCUGCCUCAGGCACAAAUCAUCACUGCUCACUGUGCAGAACAAAGCAGUGAUCUCAGCUGCAUUUGCUUUGAAAAUCAUCAUAAAUGUACUUCAUUACUGUGUAGCCUCUAAGGGAAGGUAUCAUAGUAGCUGCAAAUAUUGAUGAAAAAGUACAGCAGUAUUCUGAGUAUAUGUAUCUAUAGAAACACAAAGUAUACAUUCUCACCUCCACGUCGUAAAAAUAUCACUGUAAAAGUACAACAGAAAUCUCAUGGUAUAAGUACUGCAGUAUCCUUAGCCCUUUUGAUGUUAUUACCAAAAUAAACAGUGAAGGUACAACAGUAUUUUUGUACUUUCUGGUAGAAGUUUCAGAGUGGAAAAACUCAAGUAUUAUCAGCUUUUCAGGUUGACUUAUCAGAAUACAACUACUGUAGAAAUGUAAACUUUCAAGUUGGAGUUUCACAGUAAAAGUUUUGUGGUAAAGUCAGCUUUCCUAUAAAUUUAGCAAAAAUAAAGGUAUCCUCGGUUUCUUAUGUUUGACAUUUGCUGUUUAGGUUCUGCGGCAUAACCUGUUUUCUGUGGUUGAAGUUUCACUGUAAAUGUGCAAUGUUUUGCUGUAUGCUAUGGAUGGCAUUUUAUUAUAAAAGGUUCUAUUUGUUCUCUGUAUUUUAUUGUUUUAGUUGGUUGCCCAGUAAACAUCAAGUGUAAUCCUGUUUUUUGUUUUUUGUUUUUUUUUUGGGGGGGGGGGGUUCAAUGUGCUUUCUGUAUUUCAGGGGUUGAGUUUUGACGUGAAUGUGCUGAAGUAUUCUCACAAUUCCCUGUAAAAGUUUCACUGUUAAUGUGCGAUUGUUGUUCCUUUUUUCUUUGGUUGAAGUGUUAUAGUUGUUUUGUGGUAUUCUCAGCUUUCUCAAAGUUUCCACAACAAAGGUUUUGGUGUAAUCAGCUUUUUAUGGUGAAGUUUCAUGGUACAAGAAAUUUUAUUAACUUUCUUUGGUUGAUGUGUUACAGUAGAAGUCCUGUGGUAACCUCAGCGUUCGGCAUUUAAGUUUUGCAGACACAGAAGUAGCCUCAAAUUUUGUGGAAGUUUUCACCUUAAGAUCUAUAGUGGUAUCUAUUUUCUUUGGUUGAAGAUUCAUGAUAAAAAAAAAAAAAUCCUUAUUCUUGGCUUUCUGGUUGAUAUUUUGCAGUAAACAGUUGGGUCUAUAAUUGAGGUUUCCCUAUAAAUGUGCAGAGGUACUCUCUGUAUUGUGGCUGAAGUUCUAUAGUAAAUACACAGUUGUAUUCUCUGCAGCCCAUGGUUGAAGUUUUACUGUAAAAGUCCAGUGGUAUUCUCUGUAUUGUAAGGUUGAAGUUUCAUUGUAAAUGUAAAAUUGUGCUCCCUAUAGCCUAUAGUGGAAGUUUCACAAGCUCAUUGACGGCUUAAAUCACAUUGUAAAGUUCUGCAGUGUUUUUGGGUGAAUUUUGCAGUAAAGUACUGUGGUGUUCUUAAUUUAUCACAGUUGUGCCAAAAUAGUAACAAAGUAAAAAAAAAUAAUAAUAAUAAACACUUUAAUAGUGGCAAUAAAUGAGUGUUACGAAAAACCUACCCCUGCUCCAACAAGUAAAAUUUCCUGUUGAUCAAUGAAGGUUGUUUCGUUAUAGAUUUCUUGAUAAAACUCUGCCAGCACUAAGAGCUCAAUCAAAAUCUUUUUAUAAUUCCACCAAUCAUUAAUUAACUCAUCAUCCUACUUUGUAUUGUUUGAACACAACAUAAAUGAGCUCUUGCAGAUAAAACAAGUGGGAUAAUUGUUACUGCCACAUGAUGUUCUGACUCAGGUAAACCUGUUUUGUUCUGAAGGCUCUGCAUUCAUCUGAUUUGUGAGGUUUACUUUUCCUUCCUGGUAGUCAUGUGACCUGUCAUACAGUAAACCCUGUCAUUGUGUCCGCAUACCACGGUUUGAUUUCACACAGCGUCAUGUGGACUGAAGAGGAGGUGGAGAGCUGGUCUCUUUCCUGUCAGGCCUGUCCGAUGAUGACUGACACUUUUUCUAAUCACACAACUGAUCUUCUUCUUCUUCUUCUUCUUCUCCUUCUUCUUCUUCUUCCUUAUUUUCUCCUAUGACAGCAUUACAUUUCUCCCAGUGUGACUUUUUAACUCACAUGCCCUGAGGAAUGACAGCUGAUGACUGAUCAAACAGUAAAAUAACUUCUUCAGGCCAAUCUCUGAUGAUCUGAUGAGUCACUGAAAGCCGCCCUCAGCCUUUUGGCUACUGAAAUAUGAAAUCAUAAUUUAGUCUUAUUUGAAAGAAUCGUCACUAAAAUCUAUGAAAUAUAAAUAAAGAAGCUCUAAUGCUGUUAGAGUUGUUGUAAAUUCGCAAAAAUCUUGCCAAAAGCUCAGUUGCACAAAAAUGCUGAGAAAGUCUAUCUAUAAACAUUCUGACAAGGUGCAUUAUGGGAGAUGUAGUGUGCAUGGUUUCUGCAGCUUCUGGAAGUGUCUGAUUUUUUGUGGGGACUUAAAUAUAAAAAAGAUUUUUUUUUUUUUUUUUUUUUGACUGACAUGAAAUUUUGUGCAGACAUUGAUUUUCUCCUCAGGAUCAGUAGUGAUAAAAACCUACAAAGCAGUUAGCAUGGUUAGCAUUGUAGCUGGGUGAUAUCAACAUCAGUCUUUAUAUUUAUGUUAUUGUUGAUUCUAACAGCUAUCUUAGCUCCAGACUCUCUGAUCAGCGCUUUGAAGGCUUGGUUACAUUAGGGUCUAUGACCACUGUCACCCUUUUUUAUGCAUUGUCAGUGCUCACAUUCUCAUUUUUAAAGCUCGUCUUACUGACAAGUCAAAGUUUUCUCACAACAUUUCCAUGUCUUGUGAUAGUGACAGUCAAGUCUCUUUUAAAUUACUCAGACUCCGUAAAUAUUGCUGGUAUUUAAAUAUAUUUUGCAAAGAAAACAUGAUUAAUGAUGCCCUUGCUUUAGGGCAACUCUCACUCGUAAACUGUCAUUUUUUGAAAUAAAAGAGGUGGUCAGUUUCUCCUUUGCAUAUGUUAAUGAAGUUGAUAUCAAAAAUCCCACACCGUCUUGGUUUUACCAGUUCAAUGAGAGAGAAGCAACAGAAAAGGGAGGGGAGAAAGGGUGGUUGUUGUUGUAUGCAUUAGAAUUUGUAUCAAUAACUUCUUGUCCGUACAAAUCACAGUAGCUUCAUCGGUGGUAGGGAUGAGCAAAGGAGAAUUUCAAUCUAGAUUCUGUGCAAAAGAUAUAACUUGGCAUUUCAAUUUCUGUACACUGUGUUUUAAUAAGCUAAAAAACAAAAUUUGUUACAAGUACAUGUAUAAACGUAUAUGUUUAUUUAUGUUAAGGUUGCUAUUUGAAUUCAGAUUGAUUAAUUAGUGUUUUAGUUUAGUGAUUAAAUGGUUAGAGCUCCUGUGAGAAACUUUUGGUUAGUGGCGUUGCCUGUGGACGAAUUGAUAUACAAGCUUCAGUGGUGUCUUCUGAUAAAAUUCUCAUCUUUUUUUAAUUUAUGAGUGUUCAAUGUAUCAUGCAUCAUAAAUACAAAAUGUUCAAAAUGGCUGUUUUUAAACCAACUCAGCUGACACCUACCCUCCACCACCAGUUUCUGGCAUCAAAAAUUUCAUUGUAAAAAUCAUCAGUUUUGUUGUUGAUGGUCUUCUUUACCUUUGUUUAUCUUUUAGUCUGUUUUAUAAAUGUCCAAAAACGUCCUUAUUUGAGUUUUAAUUAUUAUAUCUUUUGAAAAAAUCUGUGACUUUUACAGAGACUCUUUUAAGUACUUUAGUUUGAUUAACAGUCAAAAGAUGCUCAUUGACUAAGGAGGACAUAACAGCUGCAAACUGGAUUCAAUAAAUCUAUGUUUGUGAGAGGCCUGAGAGCUAGUUUAGGAAGACAAUGUAAGUAUUUUUUACAUGCACAAUCACAUGACAAAUGAAUUUCUUUGUUGAACUGUCUAUAUAUAGCUCAAGAUUCUGUGCUGUUGCCUUCGUUGCUGCUGCUCGGAUUUAGCAGAAACUUAGUGCAUACAUCCGUCUUUCAUUGCAAAACAAAUUUCUAGCAUCUAAUGUCUGUAUAUUGUUGUCUGUCCUGAUUCUUUUCUGCAGGGGUUGAUGGAGGAGCUGGAACCUGAGGACCAGUUCUUGCGGUUCGCCCGCAAUGGAGACCUGGAGGGGAUCAAGAGGCUGCUCAUGUCCACGAUACGAGAGGAGACGCAGAUCAACAUAAACUGCAAAGGUACACGAGCUGCACACACACACACACACACACACACACACACACAUUCACAUGAGGAUAAAAUCAGCUUGAGAGUGCGGUGUAUUAAAGGCUCAUAUGUGCUUUUACUCAGGUAAGAAGAAGUCCAACCUGGGCUGGACGCCUCUUCACCUCGCCUGUUACUUUGGACACAGAGACGUGGUUGAGGAGUUACUUAGGGUAAACUUUUAGUUUGAAGUAAUAUUUCUUUUGACUUUAAAUACCUGUGAAGCUUAUAUGUGUGUAUUAUUCGAUCCUGCAGGCUGGAGCAGAUGUUAAUCUGCCAAACAACAUCGGAGACACGCCACUGCACAAAGCUGCGUUCACAGGAAGAAAAGUACGUUCAUGCAUCUUCAGAUUUUUCUCCUCUGGUCUUUUCAGUGAUUGUCUUGCUUUGUGCAUGCAUUUAUUCAUCCACUCAAUCAAUCAACCAAUCAAUCAAUAAUCAUUGAUCAGGAGGUUGUCAUGCUGCUGCUGCACUAUGAUGCAUGUGCUACUGUCAUCAAUGGGUCGGCUCAGAUUCCCAAAGAUGUCACUCAAAACGCAGAGAUCAGAAGCAUGUUGGAAGGUGAGACACGUGGCUGUAAAAACAUCCUCUAUGUUUGAUUCUUUAUAAUGCAUUCAUAAAACAUUCUCAUUAAAUAAUCGGAGAGUCUUAAAUCCUCUCAUGUGUUCUCACUUUGACUUCAGCGGCUGAGAGGACAGAGGAGAGGAAACUUGAGGAGCAAGUUUUGGAAGCUGCACGAGAAGGAGACCUCUCCACUCUGACUCAGCUGGUUAGUGCAGAAAACUGAUGUCACUGUGUUUAGGUCUGCAGUUCCUCCUGUGUUUGUGUAUUCAAUUAAUAUUACUUAUUAGGGCCACAGGGCAAAUGCACCAAGGCACUGGCUCCUUUACUAAUGUAUAGGGGCCAGUGCUUUGGGCCCCAGCCGAGAGGCAUUAUUGUUAUACUGUGGAUUUUUUCUUAUUCCUCUUCCGGACGAAUUUCGAUUCACUACAAGUCCAAUAAUUUGAAGAGUUGAAAGACAAAUUAUGUAUCAAAAAGCGCACUUGAUUGGGAUCCGUGUGCUGUUACUUUUUACUAUUGUACAUGAAUUUACUCAGGAAAUAUUUGGUAUUGAAGUCAAUGGGACACACCAAAAUAAGAGCAAUAAUUAGAGUUUUUCAAAAGUCUAUUGCUCCGGCAUAUUUAAACUUAGAGGCUCUAUUUAAACUUUAAAAUGUAGACACAAGUCUUGUAUAUCAGUGGAUUAAUCCACAUUUUGAUGUAGUUUUUGCACACUAAAGGUCCUUACACACCAGGCGCGAAUUCGCCAGGCACAUUAUUCGCCAUAAUUCGCCUUUUUUUUAAACAGCAUAAAGUCAAUGCAAGCUUCCACACCGGCUGCGAUUUUUCCACGGGGCGAAAAGCAUCUUUUAUUUUUUCGCUCUUGUGUUGAAUUUUUCGGAGAUUCGCAGGCAAAUAUCUGGACCUGCUAGACCUCUGGCCAAUCAAAAGUCAUGUUGUUGAUGUCACAGACCCAUGCGGCUGCAGUUCACACGACACGCGCCCGGUGUGUAGAGGUGAAAGCGAUUUUUCGGACCGGCGAAUAUUUUCGCAUUUUCGUCUCGCUUUUUCGCUUCGCUCCGCAAAUUCGCUGGUGUGUAAGGACCUUUAAGGUUCAAGGACCAAGAUCAUAUUUGGAGAAAUUUAGAGAUUAUAAUGGGUGUGUAUUGCGUAUCUUUGUACCAGAGUAGGUGACAUCAUCGGCUAGAGUGAGAGAAGUUGCAUGAAAUUGUCUGAAACUUUUCUCUUUCCACACUCCUGCUGGCCACAAAUUACCCACUACACAUAUGGUUUUUUCCCACGGUUAUACCCACACUUGUUUUGUCGUUUUGACCGAGCAGAGAGACUUACAUAUCAUGUUUGGGUCGUCUCCACUCCAAUUACGUUUUGGCUAUAUGUGUCCUUGACCAUCAAAACCGGCAAGCUGUGUUUGCAGAGUGCAAAAUAUAUAACUUAAAUAUACAGUCACUCAUCUAAAGCAAUGUAUAACCAGCUAUGUGGAGGGCAGGAGACUGGUGGUGCUAGCUCUGUCAGCAGUAGCGACACUCAGCAAACCAAUAUGACAUCUUUUACUCUGUGAUUUGGCAAAACUGUACAUGGUUUUGACUGCUUUCAGACUUUUGCUGAAUUUAUACAAGUGGCUUUGUGUGAAUUUUAAGUAAACUGACAUGGAAAAUGGUUACAAGGAACAUCUUUGAUGGCUACAAUCUUUGGGUUUCAUAAAACUUGACUUGACAUAAGAAAAUGAACAUCAUUUUGAGGUAAUUUGUGGUCUGGUUUUCUUGCUACAGUUUCCAGCAGAUGAGACAAAUCCUGUCUGUGGUGUACUGCACUGAAUACCUGUUCAGAUCAAGAGAUCAGGAUGAAUACAACAGUGGCUUAGCUGUUAACUUGCAAGUAGCAGCAUGCCAGCACCAAGCUAAGGUGGUGCACAUGGUAAAGAGCAAACAGGUUUAGCAUUGUCAUUGUUAGCUUCACAGAACAGCAACAAUGACUGACAAGUCCUUGCUCAUGAAGUGACAGUUACUCUUUCACAAGUCCAGACAAGAAAAUAGACGGCUACACCCUUUAAAUCAAUAACACAAACCCUAGUUUGAAAGCCUCCACAGGAGAAUCCAUGUAAAAGGUGUAUAAUGUUGUCUAUAAUGUUUAUUAUGAGCUUAAGGAGUUUUCUCAUAUUUGAAAUAAACUGGUUUUCAUUGAAUCCCUGCAGACAGAGCGGGUUGAGCUCUCAGCCACAGGAGAGAGUAAAAUUAGAGUCAUGCUCCAGCUCAAAGCAGACUAAUAAAAAAAACCUGCAGGACACUUGAGACCAGACAGCCCAUCAGUUUUUUUUUUAUUUCUGUUUUUUUGCAGCUCAGCAGGAAAAACCCUCCGGACAUCGGCUGCACCGAUCUACUGGGUAACACUCCGCUGCACUCUGCGGCGUAUCGAGGGCAGAAGCAGUGUGCCCUGAAGCUGCUGAAGAGUGGCGCCAACCCUAACAUCAAGAACAAGAACGGUGAGACAGAGCUGUCGGUCAGAAAAAAAAACACAGACAUUGAGUGAAUCCUAUUAAAAAUAUUUCAUUGUGCCUUCAAAGUCUGAUAUUUCCACAUCCUCUGUGCAGAAAGGCUCCAUUGUUGUCCAAAAAAUAUGAAAAAUACAUCAAUGAGCCGCAUUUGAAGGUCCAGACAGACAGAGAGAGGAGCAGGAAUAAUGAGAGGAAGAGAGAGUUGGAUCUAUUGUUGGUUUUAGCAGAAAGAAUAUCUGAGUAAAAGAUUUAAAAUCUCAAAAUAAAAAAUUAAGAGGCUUAGCCAGGAAAGAAUUCAUUGUGAAUCUUAAUCUGAGCCUGAUUUAUUUCAUCUCCCUUUUGUGAGAAGAAGAAAAAUGUUCACAUGAGUUUAAUGUUUGAACUAUUUAUAUGUUCCAAUAAAAUCCUUUUAUUGGAACAUUCAUUUACAAGAAACAUUGUUCAUUUCAAAGUUGUCUGAUUGUGCAAAUGAGCCACAUCUCCACCCUCUGCUGCACAGAGCUGUGUAUCAUAAAUAUAAGACAAUAUGUGACACAUAUUUCACUGUUUAUGAUAAAGCUUCCACAUUCAGAUAAGAAAACAUGUGUGUAACAGCACCAGAUCAUCUCCACACAUUUAAGUAAAGUGCCAGUGUGUGUGAGGAUCAAGCCUCAGACACCCACGAUCUGAUCGAUUUGCCUCCUGGUUUCAAAGAAAUACACAUCUGUUUUUUAGCGGGAUCAUUCAAUGCUCAUAAGUAAGACUUCUUUUGAACUCAGGUACAUUUGCAAACACAGAGGCAAAUUUUGCUUCAUAUUGCUAGAUGAUGGGUUGUUGGAUAACAUGUAAAGAACAGUGGUGUUAAUUGCAGUGCUGUUUGUGGACAUCACAGUUUGUGGUUGGUCCAACACUUUGCAUUGGGGGGGUCUUUCUGUCUCACUUGCAGAGGUUUAGCAGGUGCAAAAGCUGCUUGUUAUUUUUGUGAAUCAUGCCUCCAUCUUAUUUGGAUGUCAUUAUAAGAAACUGUGACGACUACUGCGGGAAAAAAAUGUAAUAUAAAUGGUGACCUUUGUGUAAAAAAACUUUGACUCUUUUUCUCUAAUGUUUCACUCACAGAGCAAACAGUGUUCGACCUGGCCAGUGAUUCAGCCAUGAAGCAAAUCCUUGAAAGCAACGUUUAUCGAGUAAGUCCUCAGCUGACAGCCAUCUAAUUGAAGUUACUUAGAUUUAAUCUCAGAUUUGUUUGGUACAACUGUCAUGUUUGUCAUCACUGCUUCUUACAGGGUCCGACCAGACAUGUCAAGAAGUUUGAGGGACUCCUCUGGAAGGUAAAAGUCUGGCGUUUAUUGUUGAUAAUGGUCGCUCAGAGGGGUGUUUUUAUUUUAGUGGAGAAGAAAACGUUUUAUUUCUUUAAUUUGGAGACCUUGCUUGAGAACACAAACACAGAAAACACAAUCAGGCUCUAAUUUGUUGAGUAGCAGGUCUGCCUCACAGGUUACUAAAGAAGAAAAUCUACUUUCAGCAGUCCAUUAAGCCUUCAUUUAAACUCAAAACCUCCAAAUUUUCAAAGAUGAAAUAAAAUGUGGUCGUCCUUGAAAAUAUUGUGUUGCAUUUUAGAUCUGGCUUUGACUGAUGAAACACUUUAAAGACCCACUCUGACUGUUUGUUUUAUUUUACUACUUAAAAGUGUUAUCAGUGGUCUUUAAAUUGUGAUUAUAAAGUUUUCGUUUGCCAAAAUCACGUUACCUUUGUCAUUUUUAAGGGCUUUUCUUCUGCAGAGCUCCAGUAGCUUAUUAGCAAUUCACCUCUGAGUCAUGGGGGGAGACAGCGCUGCUCUGCACACUCCUCCUCACGCUAGCUUGUAGCCUAACAUUGUCAAUGUAGUAGAAGUAGCAGGUAACAUAGGAGCUAUUCAGUUCUCGGACACUAAUGUCUUUGGGGACAUGAAGUAAGCUAAUAUCAUAAAUCGUAAAAAUAAUCCACAUGCUCGCCAUCAUCCUCUCUACUUCUCCGAGUCUGGCCUGCAGAGUGGGGCAUUGGGGGCAGAGCAUGGACUUGUAGCGUAGGAAAUGUCACUGUACCUGAACCUGCUGUUUGGGUCUGUGAGAGGUUCACAGCAGUUUGAAUGCAGAAAUACUCAGAAAUGCAAUUUUGCCCUUAUAUUUCUCAUAUGUCCUAUACUGUAGCUUUAGAAAAAUGCUAUGUGAACAUGUAGACAACAAGAAAGACAUGAUUUUCAUCAGAGUGGGUCUUUAAAGGUUAAUGCCACUGACAUUUUCCCUGAAACAUGCAAUUUAAAAACAUGCAGACAUGCUUUUGUUAAUUUUCCUGCGUUGUUGUCAAUUGUAUUUUCUUCAUUCAGAUACACUUUAGAAUAGAUAGUCUGUAUUUGCAUGUGGUUUUAUUUUUGUGCAAAGACCUGUGAGUAAAAAUGAGAGUGAUUUUGGAUUACUCAUUUUAUCUUUCUGUUGCCUAUAAGCAUACAUAACAGCUUCAACAAAUCAUUCUCUAAAAACAGGCGCCUGCUGCAGAGAAAAAAUAACACUAUGGAGGCUCAAGAGUUAGUUGCAGGUCAGAAAACCACAACCAUUGCUAGAGGAUGCUAAGAUGCUUUAUAGAACCCAUUAUGACCUGGCUCAUUGAAGGAAUUGGGAACUUAAAACCAGUUGUUCUGCAAAUGUGAAGCUUAAGAGAAGUAAAAAUUGUGCCCAAACACAAAGAAACUCAAAACAACAAAUAAGGAGAACAAAAGGUAGAGUAAAAAUGCAUAAAACUUACAUCAUUUCAACUGUGUUAUUGUCACAACCCUCACACUUCAAUGCACCCCUUAUUUUGGACAGGACGUUAAGCAAUACUUCUGCUACAUGAUGCCACUCAGACUCAAAAGAGGCCAAAUGAGGGGCAGUGUUUCUAGCAGCAGUCUGUAUCACUGUUUUAAUACUUGGCACCACAGGACUGAGAAUUAAAAUUUUCAAAGUACGCUGUUAUGUUGUGAUUUGAACUAAUGGCUGUACUGCCCCCACAAUUUUUGGUGAUUCUACAGUUUGGGCUGAAACCUCGAGCUCGCAGAGGAUGUGCAGAACUAUGGACAGAAUGCAGAGUACAACCAGAAGUUAUCCACAUAUCUACAUAUCUAACAUAAACAAAAAUGAGCCAUUACCCUGGCCCAGAUCAGGAACGACAAGUGCCUCUAACACCAAAACGUCUCUACACAAGGUCUAGAAGUCUACCAAGAAACUCUGGGAAGGUGUGGUGCUGAAGUGUCGCGCUAACUCAAGAUAAAAUGCACAGAGCUUCCCCCUCUUGAUCGGUGCAGCAGUUUCAUGUUGUUUACUAAUCAGUUUCCAUUGUUCUGAGGAGGCUGCUCAACCUCAGAGAUGCACCACUCAACAAACGAUCACGCAGACACAGAGAUGGCUAAUCACACACACACACAAAAGGAUGCAGUAGUGGUUGUGUCAGAGUUGCAAAAACAGCAUCUUCUGAAUAGGUUUCACUAAGAAUGCUGCUAAUAGGGGCGCCACUAUGCACAGAGGCUGUUCCCUGCUCCAUCCACUGUGCUACUCUCACUGAAUGAAGGCAUUGAAAGCCUCAAAAUAAAGAUUGGUGCCACUUUAUUUUGUGCCACUUAUACCCUAUUUCACACACACUCAAGUUUUUCAACUCUGUGCAGUUUGCCCUUCUGUUGCAUCUCAUCAUGCAGAUAAAUUGUUGGCAUCUCCACUCUCCCCCGCAGAGAGCUGUGCUGUGCAGUCUCAUUCAGAUGGGUCUAUUUAUGACAGAUUUGACACAAAUGUCACUGUUAAUAUCCAGGUUAUUUCCUGUAAAGAGCCAGAACAGAGCAGCUUGUUCAGAUUAUGAGUAUUGUCAAGAAGUAGCACAGCCCAUCUGUGGUGUAGCUAGACCUGUUUAAUUCCUGGUUAUGAUAAAAAUAGUCUUGUCUUUGUUGUUCUAACAGAUUGAAUCUACCCUCAUGCAUGUUUUCAAGGUGGAAUUUUUGUCAUGAUGCUUGAAAAGUUUAAGCUUGACAUCCCUUAAAUGUGGUUUGUAAUCACCAGCUCUCUGUACACGAUAUAAAUAUCAUUUCAUUAGAAGUAGCUGUGCGUGCCAGAAAAUGUUUCCACAUCAAGGGUAAUUUGCAUAUUUUACCCCAAACAAAAACAUGAUGACUCAUUGAAUUACUCACAAAAAUUGGUGCACUGUGACACGAUUCGAUCUGCCGCAGUUUGGGGUUCAUUUAACCUUGUGUACAUGCUUUGUGAUCAAGAUAAUGUCUUUUGGUCUUAUCGGCAGGUGCAUAAGGCAAACCUGCUACCAUUAAUUUGAGUCACUUCAACAUACAUGAGCAAUUUUACACCCUAUAUUAGUGAAUUGGACGCUGGAUGUAGUCCCAGAGUUUUGGUUUCAAGAGUCAGAAACUCAAUUUUGACAGCUUCAAAAUAAGUAUGAGUAAAGUAUUCACAAGACUAAAAAUUAACUUCAUUUUCAGAGCUGAUCAGUUUGAAAAAUAAUCCAGACUAGCUUUGCAACAUUUGUGUAAUAAACCUGUCGUUUUGGCUUUUGUUUUUAGAGUCUAAAUUUGGUGCUGCUCUAUUCCCAAAUGUGUCUCUGGAUUUUGUUUCUACACACUCUCCACCACCAGUGAACUAAAUGAGAGUCUACGCAAAUACUGUAAUCACUUAAAGUAAUCCACUGAUUCUCUCUCUGUUGCUGGUAAUCCUGCAGAGCUCCAGGUUUUUCGGCUGGCGCUCGUACUGGGUGGUCCUUCAGGACGGAGUUUUAUCCUGGUACUCCAAACAGUAGGUGCCAUCUCUCUCUGCUCGGCUGUGAAUCAGAAGUGAGCAUUUCUGUGCCACAGAUAAAUGGAAGCGCUGCACACUUUGAUUAGAAAGGUGCAGCGGGACUGACAGAUAAAUAACUUAGAAAAUUGAAGUGCUCUGUCCUCCAAACCUUCACAGGCAAUGUGUCACCUGUGAGAAGAAAAUAACAGAAAAACGCCACCUCUUUCUCUCUCCUAAAAAGGUCAGAUGCAGCUGUCAACAUCAGAAGACAAGGCUGUAAGUCCCUCACACAUGCUCAGUGUCUGGUAAGAUAAUAUUUAAGAUCUGCAGAACAUUUUUUAACAGCUGCGCAGAUUACUGUGACAGUAGAACAAAAGUGAAUGUUUCUGAUGUUCUUAUUUUCAGAGCCGAGCCAAAGACUGCUGUUUUUUUACCCUCAAGUGUUUCGAUGAAAGCAUUCAUCACUUCAAAGUGUCUCCGAAAAAUGACCCAGAAGCAACAAGAAAAGUAUGUUUUAUUUCUACCGUGGCUGUUAUCUCAAAUACACUCUGAGGAGAUUUUCCUUCCUUGUUUGCAAAUCAUCAUCAAGCAUGCAUUUUGUAAAGCUUCACCUGGAGCAAAAUUCUGUCCUCACAUAUCAAGCUGCUUUCAAGUCUGCAUCCAGUAAUAUCUUCUGUGAAUCAUAAUAUCUUUUUCCAAAAAGGAUUUAAAGGAAUAAGACUUAAUGAGAUGAUGUAGGCUCAUUAAGAUUGGAAAGGAUCUUUGAAGCAAGAAACUGGAAAUGUGUCACGAUUGAAACAAGGAGCAAAGUGAAAGGAUUUUUUUUUUUACAUGACUUGACUGAAAAGACAAGAGACUGAAUUGGACAUAUUUAAGUUCUUUGAAGUCGUGAGAUGUGGACCCGUCCUCCUGAGAAUUGAAACAUCACUUGUUGUCUAAAUAAUCAGUAAUGAUUUGUAUGCGCUCUUCAAAACAAGAGUCUUGGCUUAAACAUAGUCCAUCAGACUUGCCCUAAAAUACCCAAGAUUUGAUUGGGACCUGACCAACACUUGAAGUGUGUUUGAAUUUGUCCAAAAAGACUUGGCACUUGACUUUGAAAUAGCCCUAAUGACUUGUGGCUGUUCUCUGACUAGCUCUUUGAUAUGACUCAGAGCUUGUGUGAAAUAUUGGUAACCAGUUAAUGACUUGUCUUCUUUCAAGAUUUGAGUUGUGACUCAAAAUCUUUUACCUUACACUUGGAGUUAAUCUAAAAGACUUGAUCUUUUUAGGUAUAUUGUCAUUUGACUUCCAGGAGAGGUCAAAUUUAACCCUUGAUAUCGAAAUCAAAUCCAACAUAGCAACAUUUAAAUCCAAAGCUCAGCUCGUCUAAAAUGAAGCAGGAGGGUGCUUUAUCACCACAAUGAUCUCAAUUUAACCCCAAUAUUAUGUUCCAGGACUGGAUGGAUGCAGUGGAGGAGCACACAGCUUACAGCACUCACUACUGCUCCCAGGAGCAGGGCAGUGAGGAAGAGGAGGAGGAGGGGAUGUCACUCGGGGAGUUAACAGAAUCACUACAGGUGACAUAAACAGAUACACUGAAAAUGAGCAUGUUAGUAUAGCUAUCUGUGGUGUUUUUAUUGAGCAUCCCCCUAACUGCAGGCUGCAGAGGCCAACCAGAAGAAACUUGAAGAGGAGGUGGCAGCUUUUAUGUCCCUGCUGAAAAGCGAAGAAUCGGAUCCAAGUAAGUCUACAAGUUUUACUUGUUAUUUUACACUGAACUUGAAAACAGAGUGGACAGUAUAGUAAGUAUUUCUUGUAUUAAGCAUACAUAAGACUUGACUAAAGCUUGACCUUUCAUGCGUUAGGCAUGACUUUGAUUUGCUCAUUCAGACCUUGAAAAUGUUCUUGGACUUGAAUCCUAGGACUUAAGGUUGUGUGUUUGUCCCUCUAGGCUUUUCGGCCCCAAUUCUACAGAAAAUGCAGCAGAUCUGUGAGCUGUCCAGUGAGACGAGUUCCAGUCUGAGUGUUUGUCUGAAUCUGUUCUCCAGACAGGAGGGGGUGAGUAUCAGACUGUUGUUGAAUUGUAUGUAGCCAUCAUCAGCUGAAAAAAUUCAGCAGAAAACUGGUUUUGGAUGUUCAUCAAAUUAUUUUCCUUUUUGUGUUAGUCUUCAUGUUUCAGAAGAUUAACAUGAAGAUCUGAACAGUCUGUUUAGAGAAACUGUAGAAGUUUUAUAACGACCCUUUUUCAAAUUAAGGUGGAAUAAAACUCAUCUACACCUGAAUUGUAUUUUAAUGUGCAGACUCCUGAAAGCCUCCCGAGAGGUGGCCAAUCAGAAGAAAACAGGCUCUUGGAGUGGGUGCCUUAAAGAGACAGCAGCUAAAACAAAGCUUGUCAGGUGGAGAAAUCUGAGGCUUUUUUGAUCUAAAUCAUCUAAAGAUAUUAAAGAGGUAUCAUAGUGGAACUAUGGAGUCUGAAAAAAUGCAUAAUACCCCCUCUUUAAAUAAUUAAAAUAAAAAAAAGGCUAAUACUGAGAUAAUAGAUAAGAGACUUGUUGUCAUAGGAGGUAAACAACCAAGUUUUGAUUGGUACCUCACAGAGACCAGCUGCUGUUGAAAGCAUAAAUAGGAGCAAAGAGGAAAUAGAAGAUAAAAAUAAAAAUGAUUUUAUAAUUUACAUUUGCAACAACACAAAAGUAAAUGUUGAUAGAAAUAAGAUAAAAGAGAGAAUAAGAUCAGUGCAGUAGCAUUAUUGAAAUGUGAAACAUUAUCAUGAUAGUGCAAACAGGACAGUGUAAACACACAGUGAUUAUUGCACACCAUAAUCUAACUGUUAUGAAGACUUAAACUACAAACUAUCUGCUUAGUUUACCACUGUUAUGUCACUUAAAAUGAGCUCAUUUGAUUUGUCAGUGAUCAAAAAUUGAGGUUUUUUUAUUUCCAAGGCCUUCAGUUUUAGGUUUUUGUGAAUUUAGGGACUCAAAGUAGUUAAAAAAAACACUCCAAGGAUCAUUUUAGCAUGAAAAAAAAACAGAUUCUAGCUCUGUCUAACAUCUGAUCACUGAGGACUCAGUGGAAAAAAAUGUGACCAUCACAAAAAUGCAGAUGAUAUAACUGUAUUAUUAUCAACAAGAUGUCUGCGGCUCUCACACACAGAGAUGUGUUUUUUUCUUUUUUUCUUUAAAAAGUAACAUAUAAAAACAAAAUGUGCUGUAUGAGAAAGCAGCAGCACAUUUUACACCUCAGUAUGAAGCAGCUCAGUGUGGUGUGGUGAUUGGUUUUCUUUGUGUGCGAUUCAAUGGAUCUGAUUAUAAUGGAAGGAUUCAGACGAUAGAUGACAUCCCCGCAGGACAGAAAAUAGACAGCACCACUCAGAGCUUUCAACAUGUGCCAGCCUUGUCCAUCAGAUCUGGAUAAUGCAGAUCUUAAUGUCUAAAACAGCCAACUGCGCACUGUGUGUGCAGGGAGAUUUAUGCCACAACAUCUUUUUUCAGGUUUGAGUGCUGCAGGGUUUUCCCUCAUGAGCUGGUGUGAGAGUGAAGUUAUGAACCACCUGUGAACCACUUUUAGAUGGAUACUGAACCUGAUUUUUUUCAGGCAUUAAGAGCUAAAAUAGCAUUUCUACUUUGCAGAGACAUAACCACAGUUUCUAUUUCAUUAUAUGAUGUAUUAUAUUAUGAUAUUGAUAUUUUUUGGAAAAACAGAUGAAUCUUGACUAUUAACAUCCAAAACAUUCAUUUUCUGGGGAAAAAGUUGAGAUAUUUCAACAUAUCUUUGCCAAAUUCCUACAACAAAACACUUCUGAGUCUUUUAGGAAAUUUGAUUCAAAACAGAUUUAACACUAAAUGUGCAGAACUAGACUUUGGUAUUUGGAGUAUUGUAGUCAGAGUAGUGUCAACCAAUCAGGCAUUAGCAGGCUUUGGCAUCUGCAGGAAUAUCAGUUUGUAUGAAGAGCAAAAGCAUGCAAUCCACUACAAUACUACCUCCCAUGGUUGGUUAUCUGAGGAGGAUUUAUUUCUCUCUAUAAAAGACAAUCAGCAUUUAGAUUUCCUGACUUCACUGAAUGCAUCAAAAAUUAUGGAUCUGAUCUUCAUUCAACAAGCGAGUGGAUUUUACACAAAGUCCCUUUGUCAUGCAAAUCUAUUUUUAGAGCUGAGAUUGUCAACACGACAAAAUAAUGUCACAUGCAACAGUGUCAACACUGUUUUAUAACCUAACCCUGUGUGCAUGACAUUUCCACUUUUUUUAGAUGUAAUUAAAGAGGAGAAAGUCAUGCAUUGUGGUCAAUGUAAUAGCUUUUUUUUCUAACUGUCAGCCUUGCCCUCAUUUAGCCCUCGUGUUCCCCUGUUUUCAUACAUUUAGUCAUUUGCAAGGAAACAGAGAGAGGCAGAUCCCAGCAUUUUAUUCCUGUCAUUAGAUUGUGCUUUGACCUUCCCUGUCUUGGGUAACAUAAUGCUUUGAGAAAUUUCUGACUUCCAGUCUUCGCUAUGGUAAUUCUGUCAUUUUGUGCUGAUGGAUGGAAACUACAGCCUUAGACAGUCAGCUGCAAGGUGAUCAUUUCAAUCUGCAUCCUAAACAACAAAUCUGCAUAUGGUUAGAGUCUGCAUCAGGUCUGAAUUAUUCUGAUUUGAUGCUAUAAAACCAGCAGUCUCAGUGAUGAUGGGUGUUUUGUCUCUCCUCCCACUCAGGCUCAUAAACAGGAUAUUUGAAUUUCUGCAAAGUCAUUAGUGGCAAGUGCUGCUGGUGUGCUUGCAGGCUGCCAGAAACCAAUGGAGGGUUCCCAGUUCAAUAGCCAGUCUUGAGCUUUCAGGGUUCUCCACCUGUGCCAGGGCCCCAUUGCUCAGCUGUGCAGCGUUUUGAACUCAGUGUACACAAUAAAAAGGCUCACUGGAUCUCUGAGCUCUAUCCAUGAAUGAGCUGCUCUCAAUAAUGCCAAUGUGCACUGCACUGUAUAUCUCAGCGUGCAUGGGGAGGGUGCAUAAAGCAGCAGGUCUGGUUUCAUUCUACCUGUGAAGAACGGAUACUGACUCUCUUUAGAGGCACCUGUCAGGGGGUCGAGCCGCAGGAAACUCCUCUUCAAAGUUCAGUUUGCAGCAAAGGCAGGUGAGCUGUAGGGUGUCAAUGUGCAGUACUUAUACCACUUCAACUGUCUGCCAUAAUACAGGUAACAGCAGCGGGGGAAAUAUCAUGUUCAAAGGUUUCCCCUGCACAGUGAAGCAGAAAGCUGUUCUCUGAAAAGAGCGAGUUUCUGACCAGGAUUAUUAUUUUACUGGUACAGCAAACAAAAGGCUAAAAAAAACAUGGGCUAGGUAGUGCUCAGCUAAUUUUCUGAGAAAGCAAAAUAAAAUUUUCCCGGCUGCCAACGUCCAUAAUCCUCCAUCAUUUAUUUAACAAAGGAUGCCAUUUGGUGGGUCUCAGCAUUUCAAAUAUCUGCAUUUCUUGAUGUAGUCAAACCAUCGGGAGAGCCAAACCAACUAAAUUAAUGAAACAACGCCUGUAUAUGUCACUCUGUCAUCCUCCCUGUUUCAUCCUCUGGUUUGAGUUCAGUCACUGCUCAGGCUGCUCUCACAUCUGAACCCACUAACUGUCAGUGUUUUUUCUGCCAAGACCAGCCAGAGACAGACACUGACAUUUUCACCACAGUGUCAAGAGUUGGGACGAAAAUGUGACAGAACUCUGUCUCUUGAUGUGUGAGAUCAGGUUGCUCCAGGCUUCACUUGUGUUCUUACUGAGACUAAAGUGAUUCAUGUAUCUAACAUUGACAGGUAACAGUCUGCAGCAACAACCUGCUCACUAUACAUUAUCCCUCACCAGAGAAAUAUUUCUGUUUCAGCAGAAAGCUAAAGAUUAGGGAUGAAACAAAUGAACAAGUGAAAAAAAUUAUUAAAUUAGCCACAAAGCAAAUUAUUUGGAUCAGGCCUUCUUGUAAGUCCUUACUGUGUGGCAUGCUGUUUUUGCACACUGUGUAUGGAGUCCAGUUCAUAAAGCAACUGUUAGACGAAGGCUUUGAAUAGUUCUACAAGGUGAACAACCUUCAUUUACUAGCAAAUUAAAAGAAAACAUUAGCCCAACGAAUCCAAUUCAUAUUCCCUUAUUAAUACAAUUUCCUGUAAACUGAUCCUAAUUGAUUUGUGGAAGACUAAUGCUGACAUGCAUUUGCACAUUUUACAUUAAUCAGCCUUUAGCCAGGAUGAGAGUCCUGGCUAAAGGCUGAUUUAUGUAAAGUUUUACCAUCUUUCUUGUACAAAAGUAGUUCAACUAAAUUUCAACUUAUUGUUUAAAAAUCCCAGCAGAAAUGUUUUUUUUUUUAUUUUAGUCUCCCUGAUGGCACUCAGAUCCAUCUGUUUCCUUUGUGCUGUACUGUAGGGUCCAGACCUUUAGACUGAGAUGGCACAACUUAAGCUCUGACAUAAACACUCACAGAUUAUAAGCGUUUCGUCUCUCUGCCUUCACUAACCACUAUAACAGCUGUCUAGUAAAAAGAUAAGAUUAUUCUGUAUUAUAACCACAAAAGGGAAAUUUGCACUGUCACAGCAGUCAUAGCAACAGUCCAUUUAAUGAAGAACAAACUGCUCUUCUUAGAUUACUGGAUUAAUCUGCCAAAUAAUCAAUAGAAUACUCGAUUACCAAAAUACUAGAUUGCUGUAGUUCCACUUAAUUUGAAGUCUGCUCUCUUAAAUGGUUGUAAAAUUCUGUAACAUUUGGAUGAGGAGAUGAGUUAUUUUUUUAUAAUGUGUUGCUGAAAAAGUUGCACAUCUGUGUAUUAUUAUCACUGGGGUGUUUUAAAGUAAAGGAGGUUCAUAUCUGAGUCCAUCCACAUGUUAUUCAAUCCUCUCUCCUUCAUGGGAGUCGUGUUCUUCUGCAGCUAUUUGAGACGUGAAGGCAGCUGUUGUCCAUUACAGAUAAACAUGGAUCGUCCUCUCAGCUCAUCUGUGCAUGUGUGUGUGUGUGUGUGUGUGUGUGUGUGUGUGUGUGUGUGUGUGUGUGUGUGUGUGUGUGUGUGUGUGUGUGUGUGCGCGUGCGUGCGUGUGUGUUAAUGUGGGGCUAGUGUUCAGGGGAGUGUUGGUCUGUCGUUCUUCACAGCUGGUUUUGUGAUCAAACUCUGAACACAGUUUCUGUUUGCAUGUUGAAAUUAUGAUCCAUUUUGGUUUGUGAGUGUGUUGUACAUUCUCACUGUGUGUGUGUGUGUGUGUGUGUGUGUGUGUGUGUGUGUGUGUGUGUGUGUGUGUGUGUUUUUGGAGCUCAGGUGCGCAGUGUGAAAUUGGAGCAUGAGGUGGAGAAGAAUAAGAUCCUCUCUGAGGCACUGCAGACUCUCGCCACCGAGCACCACGAACUUGAACAAUCCGUCGUCAAGGGAUCCUCGCCUCGGAGCGCGCUCAGUGAGGAUGAGUUCCACGAUGCAGUUUCAGGUGAGCUGACAGGUUGUCGGACAUGUGCAGGAGCUGCUGCAGGUGAUUCUGUGACCUGCUCACACCUGCUGCUCUGUCAUUCACUCACCUGUAGGACGCUGGAAUACUUUUUCCUGACGCUGAAAGUCUUUGGUUUGAUUCCCGCUUCUCAGAGUGACGUAAGAACAACUGCUGCCUGAGUGUGUUAGAAUGUGAGGGCUUUUAUUUUGACAGGGUUGAGUGUUUGUAGAGUGGAAAACCUGCAUGAUGGAGUCAUUUUCAAACUAAAAAGACAUUGUAGUUUGUUAGAAAUCAAUUUAUUCCUUACUAAAGUUUAUAUGUGAAGUUGAAAUUUACAUCAGUAAUGCAUUUAAAAGCUUUUUUAGAUGCUUGUAAGGAAAAUGAAAUGUGUGAAAACUUAAUACAUGCAUGGUAGUGGCUGUGUUUAGUUUGCAGAGCAUGGUUUUUAUUGUUGUGAACAAUAUGUUUGAGGGGUUUUUACAUAUCAAGACAGUAAUACACAACUGCACUGGUAUCAGUAAGAGAGGCCAGCACCAUUGACAUGCAUGGAAAGACAAGGCCAGACUGAUAUUACAAAUCCUGCAAAUUUUACAGAUCAUCAUCGCUACGCCCUUUGAGCUUUAUCAACCAGCCUCAUCACUUUUUAUUAACAAGGUCUCAUCCAGCUGUCCACCAAAUUUGAAGUGGAUCAAAUGAACAUCCAGGCACAAUUAUCCCUGAAAGGACCCCUGAAAAUUGCCAAAACCCACUGACUUUCACUAAUUUACCCAAAACACUAGCUCCCCUGUUGGAGCUGUAGUGUGGAUUCAGUAGACUUUUUUUAGAUCUUGACAGCCCACAUAUGCCUGCCAACUUUGGUACAUGUAGGUAAAGGUCCCAAUAACAGGGACCCCUUUACUGGAAUUUUCAAUGGGGCUCUGUGGAGCUGUUUUACACAUCCAUUUGUUGGUGGCAUGUCUAGGGUGCAUGUUUUGCCCGUGUAGUUUCAUGCCUCUUUGGUCAUAUUCUGGCUACCAACAUGGGGUUUAUUGCAACAAAAGGAUUCCCACAGGAUUAGUACCACCCGCAGACCUUGGAUGAUAGCAUAGGAUGUCUGUGUUUUUAAUCUCAUGUGAAGUGACCAUGUCAGAUUCAGGGCUCACCUAAGUUUCGCCUCUUUGGGUGUCAAUGGAUUGACCAAAGUCAGGAUGACUCAGCGUUUCUAAUAGGGUGACUGUCAUGGUUUAGCUGUAAAAUAUGUUUACAGAAACCAGCAGAUGAUGAUACUGAGACGAUGUCCAUGUGUUGUACAGUUUUUGGUAUAGAUUAAGUAUUUUUUCCUCAGGUUUAUUUUUAUUUGUCAUCGUAUUACUUAUUUUGGCUUUUUAAAUGUAAUUCGCAGAGCAACACAAGUGUGUGUCUACUGGCAUUUGAUGACUGCCUCAGUUUGGUGAGGUGUUAUAUCAGACAAAAUACAUUUAGAGCCAAAUUUAAGUCAUGACACACCUUUUUCAAGAUAAUUCAGAAAAUGUAGGAAAAUGAUGCUGACAGGGUCUUAAGUCAUGUUUUAGGAAAUAAAUUAGAAAAUGCAGAAGAUAUUAAUGUGCAAGUACUACAAGAUUUUUAUAUCCUGACGUCACAUGAACUCAUGUAGUUCCUAGCAUAGAUGAAGAGUGAGAAAAAAGAAAUCUUUUGGAAAAAAGUUUUCAUGGUCACUCUGAGAUUUCCCCCCUGUUUUCUCCUCCCCCAGACUCGGGCUCGGAGGUCUCCCUGAGCGGCUUUGAGACGGUGGCCAGCCAUUCCUGUGGCGAAGAGGAAGACGACGACGAAGGCUCUGUCAUGUUUAGCAGCCCCGUAAUGCAGGAGGAUCACCAUGGCAACAAGGACAAAGCUCAACCCAAUGGGAUCACAAAGUAUAGGUCAGCUAUACUGUAAUCCCCCCCACCCCCAGCACUGUUCCCAAAAUAUAUUGGACCCCCUCCAAAGAUCUCCACAAUCCUUCUGGAAUACUUCCUGAAUAUUGUGUUUACUUCUGUCGGCCAUCUUUGUUCGUCUGCUCCACAUUCUCCCUCACGUCUUUCCACUUCAAGCUGUGAAUAAUUCAGCAUCAUGUCCAGCAGACUGAAGGAGGGACAGAAAGAGUUGUGUUGAAAGAAUGAAGCUGUGUGUGCUGGAGCUGUUAAAUAUUGAUAAGGUCACAGUGCAAAGCAAUCAUCAGUCUGCAGAAGAGCAGAAUAAAUCCAUACAGGCUGCUCCACGGUGAAGCCCACACUGAUCAGAUAGACAUUUAUACUCAGUUUUACUAAUACAUGAUCCUUUGAGGCAGUUUCCACAUUCUUUUUUUGCCAAAUUCUCAUGAUUUGAAUCAUUUUUUAUUCAAAACUAUUGUCUGUCAACUUCAAAGGUAGUUUUUUCCCACAUGUUUGUCCGAUUCAGGAGAUUUAAGUGCAGCUGAUUUGGAGUCAGCCUUUGUUGUCUGUCCCUCUGGGCUUCGUUCCAACAUGUCACUCAAUACAGCUCAGCCUUUUGUUGACCAUAUUCACCUGAAUAAGACAUGACACCUGUGGGGGUUAUAUGUCUGCUGCAUUUACUUUAAUGACAGUUGUUCUCAGAGCAACAACAGAAAGUCAGUGUAUCAUACUAAAUCUGACUGUGUGUUAUUAUGUGUGUGUGUGUUUUUAGGACCAGUUUACCUGCUCCAAUGUUUUCCAGGAAUGAUUUCAGUAUCUGGAGUAUCCUGAGGAACUGCAUAGGAAUGGUGAGAAAAUGUUUAUUUCAAGGUUUUUAUCAGGCAUGAGUACAGCAUCAGUUUAUGGAUAAAAUGUCAUCAAUUUUUGUUCAGAUCUUCAUGUUUCCCAGAGGACUGAUCUUAACAUUUUUGUCAUCUACUGACAUUAUCCUGAAUAUAACCAAAUUAGACAGUACCACAGCUGAACACACCUGCUUUACUUUUCAUAAACAUUAAUUUCACACUUAAGUUUUCAGUUUAAUAACGAUAUUUUAUUUCAUGAAUAUUGAAAAGAAUUUUCUCAUGCAUGCUUUUUUAAUUGCUAAGUGCUUGGGUUUAUUUACAGGGUAUUUGUUUUUCUGGUCCGUAUUUUCUCUAGCAACAAAUCUAACUAUCUUUAUUUUCUGUGAAUUUACAAACUUUUGAUAUCAAACUUUGCUUCCUCUCUAACUAUUCAAUAAUCCAACCAUUGAACUUCUAAACUAACUCAAUCACCAGCCCACUGACUUUCUAACACUCAAAUUAUGAAACUAACUGACUAACUGAGUUGUUUACCUUCUGUCUGUUUAACUAUUACAAUGUCAUACUUGACGAAUCACUUACCCAACACCAUCCAACUAACUCUAUGAUUGAUUUGCGCCCUUUAAGUUACUUCCUAUUCAACAGUCAAAACAUCAAACUUUAAAGUUUUUUUCACUUACUGAUUACUUAACCAACCAACCAAGUAGCCAACUGACUUUCUCGCUAACUGACUGCCUGACUAACUAACUAACUAACUAAAUUACAAGCUGACUAAUAUUAACACAUACUCACUCAUCAAACUACUUUCUUUUACUUUGGAUAAUUAGUCAACUAACUACUUACCUGGCCUACAAACUAUAUUUUAACUCAUAUCUUUGUUAUUUACCUUCAUAUUUAGCCCAAUUAUUACAUCAACGUUAUGGCUCUCUAAUCAUUAACUUUAGUCUCAAACCUGCUAACAUAAUUAUUUGAUACUAACCAACUCACUAUCAAACUGUUAAACUAACUUUACAGUUAAAGAUUGACUGUUGCAGAUUAGCAAAUGCUAGCCUGGUAAGUCGCUAACACUAUUUUUUUUUUCUUUUAAGAGUUGAACCCAUAAAACUACAAAAAAACUAACUGUGAACACAGUUCCUUCUAGCUAAAAGUGCUGUCUUGUAGAAAAAGCAUUGUUGGUCAAACCAAAAGUCCAAAUUUGAGACAACAAAUAUACAUAAUAAUAAUAAUAAUAAUAAUAAUAAUAAUAAUAAUAAUAAUAAUAAUAAUAAUGUAUUUUAUUUAUAGGAGCCUUUCGAAGUGCACAAGGUCACCUUACAAGAGAAAGUUUAAAGAAGACAAAUAAAUAAAAUUGUUUAAAAAAAGGCCCUUUUUUGCAAGAAGAUUGUCUGCAAGUGUUUCUGAUGAAUUUACCGAUCAAAGCAGAGGAGAUUUUCUCACCUUUAGUUUGAAAGACUUAUCUUUCUCUGUCUCUGAUGUCCUUCAUUGUCUACUCCUUUUUUUUUCUACAGGAGCUCUCAAAGAUCACGAUGCCAGUGAUUUUCAAUGAGCCGCUCAGCUUUCUGCAGCGUCUGACUGAGUACAUGGAGCACACCUACCUCAUCCACCAGGCCAACACCUCCUCAGACUCCGUGGAGAGGAUGAAGGUAAAGACUCUCUGACCUGAAUCAUAAACACAUUUUAAUCACCUCUUAUUUAUUCAGAGCUGAAUGUGUGUGUCUUUUUAAAGUGUGUGGCUGCGUUUGCUGUGUCUGCUGUGGCGUCUCAGUGGGAGCGAACUGGAAAACCCUUUAACCCACUACUAGGAGAAACCUAUGAACUGGUCAGGUGAGUGAACUCUAAUGGAUAAAUAAAAAACAGCACUAAACAACAGCCUUCAGGCUUUAUUUUUGUACCAUCAGCCAUCAGGCUUUGUAACUCUUGUGUAAAUAAUAGAUAACUUUUAUAGACAUUUUAUGUGAGACAACAGACAAUCGAAUUUCCCUUCGGGGAUCAAUAAAGUUCUUCUUAUACUUCUUCUUCUUCUUAGAUUACAGGAAAGCCUUUGUAUUCUUAAAUGCAUGGAAAAUACAAUCUCAGCAAGUGUGAUUUUCUUAUUUCCUGUCAUAAAAUGUCACGUUAGGCUUUAUUGAAGCCACACUCAGCAAGUCCAGAAAAAAGUAUUUGUUCAAGAUAUUACACACCAUAAGUAAGAGUUGCUCUUAAUUCAAACCUGUUUUAAAUUGUAACUUAAUGACAUUCACUGUCUGUCUCAGGGAGGAUCUGGGCUUCAGGUUGAUCUCAGAGCAGGUGAGCCACCAUCCUCCUGUCAGUGCCUUCCAUGCAGAGGGUCUUGAUCAAGACUUUGUGUUUCAUGGAUCCAUCUACCCAAAACUCAAGUUCUGGGGGAAAAGUGUGGAGGCAGAGCCAAAAGGAACAAUCACGCUGGAGCUGCCCAAGUAAGAAAUUCUUCUGACACAACACUACACACUAUUUUCAAAGAUCAUGAUUUUGACCUUUAAUGAAAAGAAUAGCUGAUGAGAGUUUGUAAUAUCAGAAGACAAGAGAGAGGGGAGAAAGGGAAAGGAAAUUAUUUGCCAAAGUCAUAUUUUUCAAAACUGGUCACUUUUUUUCUUGUAAUUUAUAUAUUUGAAUUUCAUCUGCAGUCACCAUUAUAUGCAGUUACACAGGGGCCUGGUUCGUAAUUCAUUCACAAGGAAUGUCAGGCUUUUGUGCUCCCUUUAAACCCGUACAAAUGUGACCAAAAGACCAUGUCUAAUUCACAAAAACAUGCAAAGGGUUAAAUGCUCCCAUAACUUUGUGGAGCUGAUUGAGCCUCUGUGCUCUGGCGUUGCUUGUAUAAUUUUCAAUAAGCCAUUAUGCAUUCAUUUGAAACAAAUGAGCCACAUUACAAAUAUAAGACUUAAGCACACAGUGCAGCAGAGAUUAGAGAUACUUACAGCUCUGACGCAAAACGAGCAAACCACACAGAGCUGCAAAACUUUAUAGGCUGGUUUAGGCUUGAAUGUCAGUUGAGCAAUAUGGCUCAUUCAUUUGUUUUACUUUAUUUACUUGUUUUUGGGCAGGGCCAGUGAACAGCUAUUUAGCUCUAACAGAGUUAGCUUUUGAGCUCAUUUACACCUGUAGCUUCUUGACAGAAGACAGAGACAACACCUCUGUUAAAAACAAACAAUACACUAUUAAAAAACUGUUUCAACAGAAUAUAAUCCCUGUGCAACAUCAGGUUAUCAGUACACCAUUUGUUGGUUUGCUUGUAUGUUUUUGCACACUUGUACAAUUGCAUAAAAUGUCAUAAUGAAUAUGUAAAUGACGUGUCAGAAGAAAUAAAUAGCCAACAGGGACCUCAGCCUUUUCAAAGACAAAUUACUAACACAAUUUCAGACAAACACAAUCAAUAAAACUAUUUCAAGAUGUCAGAAAGCACAAGCCCUAUACUUUGGGAACCAGAUCCCAUCAUGAAGCACAAAGCAGACCAAGUGAUGCACAAUUCUUAGGGAUCAUAGCAGCCAAAAUCUAUUCUUUGUGAAGUCAACUUUAUUUGCAUGAGCGGCCUGCAAAAGUCAUGCAAAUUCCUGUGGGAUGACAAGUUUAUGUUUUUCAAAGAGGCAAACUUCCAUGUUUAUCUGCUUGUUCAAAAAACAAAUAAAAAAAAACAUGGAAAUUCGUACAGCCCAGAAAAACUGUCCCACUCUUUUGAAUGCCUCUGUAGAGCACGAGGCAGCUGGUCUACUACAGUUCAGCAGCAGGAUCGGUUUGUGACAGCAUGAUAAAAAGAGGAGCACAGAUAAUUAAUCCUAAUCCUCUCGAUACACACAGGUGGUAUCAAAACAAAGUAAAAAUAAUUUAUGAUUCAACAAAACAAAUAAAAAUUGAAUUUUGUUUCACUUAUAUCAAAAAACUUCUUCAAAUAAAUGAAAAAUAAACUUGUUUUAGAUGAUUGUGUGAUAUGUGGUAGCAGGUUAUGACGUCAUGAGUCUCUAACCUGCAGCAGAGCUCAUCACUCGAGGACGAGACAGCUUCCUCCUUCACACUGAAGACCUUUUAAACUUUGGCUUACCAGUAACACUUUCCUGUCUGUCUAAACUCAUCUCUUCUGCAGGCACAAUGAAGCCUACACCUGGACAAAUCCUACAUGCUGCGUUCACAACAUCAUUGUUGGUCAGCUGUGGAUCGAGCAAUAUGGGAGUGUGGAGAUCAUCAACCAUCGGUAAAAAAAAACCAAUAGAGCUUCAACACUUUUUACCCUGAAAUUAUUGCACAUUGACAGUUAUAAAAGCAGGAGUUUCUAAGUCUUGCACAGUCUAGUGUGAAUGUUUUGAGGAAGUUUAAAGACUAAGGAGGAAACAGAGGGAUCAGAUGAGGAAGUUUUGUGUGACUCAGUAUACAGAAAGUGAGUGAGAGGAUAAGAUCCUGUUUUUCUUUUCUUUACUAAGAACAAAUGAAAGGUGCUGCCUGAACUUCAAACCAUGCGGCCUUUUUGGCAAAGAGCUGCACAAGGUCGAAGGUUACAUUCUGGAUAAAAGGUGAGAAGGCUUAUCACAUGUUCUGAAAGACUUUUACGUAAUGAUUUGGCUUAAACUUUGAGGGAAAAGGUGGACAAACUGCUGAAUACUUUUGCAUAAUUAGAAGUGGAAAAAAUCCACACAUUCCCCCAGUAAGCAGAGGUACAAAUACUUAAAGUAAGGCCCUUAGAGUUCUUAUUCAACAUGAUCCAUGCAGCAAGAGUUUGGGGUCCAGACCCUGAUAUGACCUCACAGCCUGAAGGUGAAAAAUAUCUGUCUAAAAGAUUAAAGAUAUUUUUAGCAGCUGUUUGGGCACAAAAUUAACUGAGUCUUAGUUCAGAUUUGAAGAAUGUCAAACUAAUACCUAAAACCUGUGUGUCUUUAACUCUUUUUUAACUCAUUAUUGUAUCUUGAAAAACAAAAAUAAAGGUAGAUUUGUGUCAGAGAUUUUGGACCAAAUUUCAACCUGUUUAAGCUUUUGCAUGAAUAAGGUUACACUGUGUAUUUAGUAGCUGAAGUCAUGAUCUGAUGUUUGUUCCUGAGGUUGUUUGUAUGUUUUCCACAGUAAAAAGAAGGUGUGUGCUCUCUAUGGGAAGUGGACUGAGUGUUUGUAUGUCAUCGACCCGGCAGCCUUCGAAGCGCACAAGAAAAUGGACAAGAAAGGGUCUGAGGAGAAGAAAACCAAUAAAGCGGUAAACACAGUGAGGAGACACAAGUGAUAUUUGCAGUUUGAUGAAAAAAGUUUGCAUUUUUAAGAGGAAUAACAGAACAGUGUCUUGAGGACACGGCUGGACAUGAUAAAUGCACUGUAAAGUGAUGCAUCCCGAAGAAAUUAUGCUUGAUAUGUAGAUGUGUCAGUGCAGCAGAGUGUUUUUUGUGCUCAGAGCUGCAGCAGCGGUCAGGAAGAGCCUCCAUCUCCAGCUGCUGACACAGUGGAGAUGAUUCCUGGCAGCCAGCUGCUGUGGAGAAUUGCACCCAGACCGCCCAACUCUGCACAGGUCUGACUCAUUAAGAAACAUUAUAAUCAGAAUUUUUUAUGAUAUUCAUGUAAACUAAAUAUCAUUUUGUUUGGUUGCAGAUGUACAGCUUCACUUCCUUUGCAAUGCAGCUGAAUGAGCUGCAUCACGGGAUGGAGGGAGAAAUUCCUCAGACUGACUGCAGACUCAGACCAGACAUCCGAGCCAUGGAGAACGGAGACAUCGGUAAGAACUGCUAGUGAUGAAAAAGCAAUUGAAUAUCUAAAAUAAUACUCCAACUGCAGUCUGAAACCUUACAGUGUUCUUGUUGUAGAUCUUGCCAGUGAGGAGAAAAAAAGAGUGGAAGAAAAACAAAGAGCUGCUCGCAAAAACCGUUCAAAGAAUGACGAGGAGUGGAAGACGAGGUAAAACUUCAAGUCAUUUUAACCAAACAGGCCUAUAUACAAUGGGGAAAAUAAGUAUUGAACGCGUCAAUGUUUUUCUCUUUACAUUUAUUUCCAAAGAUGCAAUUCAAAUGAAAUUCCUGCGAAGCAUUGGUAUUAAUUCAAAUAAUCCACACAUGAAAAGAAAUCACAACAUUCAAGUCCAUAAAUAAUGAUUAUGUGGAAUUAAGUGCACUAACACAGGGAAAAAGUAUUGAACACACCGUGGAAAGGCUGUAUACUUUGGCAAGGAAAUGCGCCACACCACCUGAAAUCUGUCAGUAAUUAUUACUUGUACAUCCAGUCAGUUCAAACCAACGUCAGCUGGGUUAGAGCAAAUUGAUGGUCCUAUAAACAGGUCGUUUUGUCACCAAGAGGGCAAACAAGACACAUCUCAUGAUGGGUAAAGGCAAAGAGCUCUCUGAAGACAUUCGCAACCUGAUUGUUGCUCAGCAUCAGAAUGGAACUGGUUACAGACUUAUAUCAAAGCGCCUGAAUAUUCCAGUCAGCACCGUUGGGGCUAUUAUCCGCAAGUGGAAGAAGCACCACCUUACCAUCAACAGGCCACGCUCAGGAGCUCCUCGCAAGAUUUCUGACCAGGGAGUACGAAAGAUGGUCAGAAGAGUACUCAAUGAGCCAAGGACCACCCUGAAAGUGCUCCAGAAAGACUUGGAGGCAGCAGGUACAAUUGUUACAGAGAUGCACUCCACCGCCAUGGCCUCUAUGGACGCUCAGCCCGCAAGACUCCAUUCCUCGAGAAAAAGCAUGUUGAAGCUCGUUUAAAGUUUGCUAAACAGCAUCUUGAAGGGCCUGUAGAAUACUGGGAGAAUGUUGUCUGGUGAAACGAGAUCAUAGUUUUCGGCUGUCAUACUACACACCAUGUUUGGAGAAGAAAUGGCACUGCACAUCACCCAAAAAACACUAUACCAACAAUGAAGUUUGGAGGUGGAAGCAUCCUGGCAUGGGGUUGUUUCUCAUCUUGUGGUAUUGGCAAACUUCAUAUAAUUGAAGGAGCAAUGAAUGGAGCCAUGUAUCGGAAAAUUCUUGAUAUGAACCUGCGGCCAUCCACCAGGAUGAUGAAGAUGAGACGUGGCUGGUACUUCCAGCAAGACAACGAUCCAAAGCACACAACAAAGUUAACUCUCAAAUAGUUUCAAAAAAAGAAAAUUAAUCUGUUGGAAUGGCCCAGAUAAUCUCCUGAUUAAAUUUGUGGAAAGAACUAAAGAAAAGGGUUCACCAAAGGGCACCAAAAGACAUUCAAGAUUUAAAGACAGUUUGUCUGGAGGAGUGGGCCAAAAUCACAUCUGAGCAGUGUGGACGAUGAGUUAAAACAUACCAGAAGCGUCUGGAAGCUGUGAUUGCAAACAAAGGCUUCUCCACUAAGUAUUAAAUGAGUCUCAGUUAAUGUGUUCAAUACUUUUUUCCUGUGUUAUCGCACUUAAUUCCAUAUAGUCAUUAUUUAUGGACUCAAAUGUUGUGAUUUCUUUUCAUGAUGUCUGGUAGAAAUUUUAUUUGCAUUGCAUCUUUGGAAAUAAAUGUAAAGAGAAAAACAUUGACACGUUCAGUACUUUUUUUCCCCAUUGUAUCUGACAUGCAUGUUUAUCCAAACAUUUGUGAAAGGCAUGGGCUCAAAUCAUCUGAUUUUAUUAGCCAGCCUCUGAUGGUACAGUUUCUGUUUCCUGUCUCAGACAUACUGCCCUAAUUCAGAAAUCUUCUUUUUCCAACACGCUGUAAAUGUUAGUGAACCCAGCAGACCAGUUUCUGGAGUUUAUAAACUGAAAUGUUGUCCCUUUCUUGCCUGAUGGAGGAUUACAGCUGCUCUACAGUUCAGGGUCUCCUUAGUCCUGUUUUUGUGUCAUGACGCUCCAAAUGUUUCCAAUGGGUGACAAGUCAGGACUGCAGUCAGGCCAGUUUAUCAGCAGGACUCUUCUACUUCAGAGCUACACUGUUGUAAUCCCUGCAUAAUGUGGUUUGUCAUUGUCUUACUGAAAUGUGAAGGUUUACCCUGAAAAAGUCAUUGUGUGGAUGGCAGCAGAUGUUGCUCCAAAACCUGUUUAUAUUGUUCAGCAUUAAUGGAGCCUUCACAGAUGUGUAAGGUACACAUAGCAUGAACACUUAUGAUCCCCAUGGCUUUGAACUGAUAACUCGCCUAGUAGAUCCUUUCCUCCUUGGUGGCAGCCAUGAAUUCCAAGUGAUUUUUUUUUUAUAUUAAAUCACAGGAAAGUUUUCCACUUCACCUCAGUCCAUCUUAAAUGGGCUCAGGUCCAGAGAAGUGUGGUAUUUUUGGAUCAUGUUUACAUCUGGUUUCCUCUUGUUCAGUUUUAACCUGCAAAUGAUGAUGAACUGUGUUCACAGACAUUGGUUUUUGGAAGUGAUUUUGAGUUCAUGCACUGAUUUCUACUACAGAGUUUGUUUAUUUUAAAUGCAAUGCUGCCUGAGGGCAUGAAGAUCAGGACCAUCCAGUCUUGAUUUUAGUUCUUGUCUCUUUUGUACAGAGAUUUCUCCAGAUUCUGAAUCUUUAAUUAUAGCAUGUUCUGUAGAUGAUAAAAAUCCACUAAUUCUUUUACAUUUGACACUCAGGAAAAUUGAUCUAAAACUGUUAAACUAUUAACUCACUUAGUUUCUCACAGAGUGGUGAACUUCUUCCCAUCUUUCCCUCUGAGAGUCUCAGCCUCUCUGAAUGUCCUUUUUAUACGCAGUCAUGUUAUCAACCUGUUGGAAAUCCACCUCAUUAGUAAGGUGAUGUUCCUCAAGCUGUUUUUUCACAUUACACAACCUUUUAUCUGUUUGGUUGUUCCUUCAACAACUUUUUAAGGCUGGAAGUUUUGUUUGGGGUAUUGGUGUAAAAAUAGGGGUUAUUGUCUUUGUGAGCUGUAGAGUUGAAGAUGUUGUCAAAUAUUAACAUGAUUAGAACAGCUUUUUUCAGUCUCUGUGCUAAACUUUGUUAAGCUAAGCAUCAGCUUGACUAGUUUCAUCCUAACCAUUACAAGUCAGACAAUGAUAUCAGUCUUCUUAUCUUUCAUGAAAAAUUGUGCCAAUUUAUUUCAGCAUUUGUGGGAUUAAAGUAUACCAACUCUACUUGAAUUGCUUUAUUUACAUGGGGCUUCAAUGUUGUUUUAAUCGUGGCUAAAACAGAUAAAUGUCAUCCACUCCCUGCUGUAAUUUACCAUCCCUUCCUGUUUCAUAUCGUGUUGCUCUGAAAUACUCGAGCUUAACCUCCAUUUUAUCUCCAUGUGUCUUGUCUUUCUGUUGCUACCUCACUGACGUUCAGGAGUCUCGCCCUUGGCCCGAGGUCAGAGCUGCUUGCUAACGUGUGGUGUGAUCAUGUGCUCUGUAGUUUCCCAACACUUCCCAUCCUCUAGAUUCAAAUCUAAUCUCUGGAACUGUGUCUUUCUGUGUGCUUAGAUGUGAUAGAGAGUCACUGAUGAUAGAAUCACAGUUUGAAGAUGAUUAAUCUUAUAUUCUACCCACAAGCACGGCAGAUCUGCUUCCUCGCCACAGGAGUCCACUCACAUAAAUCACUCCCUGCUUUUAAACUGCAAAGUUUGAGGAAAACUAACUUUAUUUCAGACAAAAAAAAAACAGUUUUUUCAAACUUUCCUACAUCCAUGCAGAUUCUUCAAAACCCUGUGGUAAAUUAUGCCUGACUUCCCCUCCCUCCUCACAGUCUCUGAUUAGUCUGGGUUUGAUCAGAGAUGGACGGACAUUGAAGCUCCAAAGCUGCACUCUUUCAAUAGAAAAUGUCUUUGUAGGAUAAGACAUGGGGGAACAGACAAAACAGUCUGAAUUCACAUAUUCUGCAAAAAAAAAAAACAUGGCAAAAUCUGUAGACAAGAGUCUGUACUUUUGUUUGAGAAAUGAUAUUUCUGUCAUAUGUUGAUAGUCUGAGUGGUAUUGGCAAAUCAGGUAUCAGCAGUCUUUGGUGUCUGCAGGAGAAACAGUCUGAAUGGAGAGCAAAAGCAGGCAGAACACAGUUAACCGUCAUGACAUCCUGCAGUAACCUGAGGAGCGUUUUAUUUCCCCUAUAAACCGAUAUUUGCAUGAAGGACAGCUAACUAUCUGUUCUAGACCAAACAUUUACAUUGAGACACUGAUCCACUCGAUUCUGAAUCACUAAAGACGAUCAGCAUUUAGUUCCCUGAAUGCAUCAAACCAACCAGAUUUCUUUACUAAUUUGCAUCAUGAUAGUAUUUCAGCAAAUGUAAGACCCAUUAAUAACAAGAACACAAGUUUCUUUUCCAGGUUCAUACCCCUGAAGUGAACCAGUGAAGCCUCAGUGUAACUUACUGUUUACAGUGAAACUGAGACUCACCACAAACAAAUAAACGGGUGUUCCUUCAGGGUAUGAGUGUAGAAUUUGGAGUGGUGGUAAAGACUACACACAAAGCGACACAUGGGAAAAAAAAGAAGUCUGUGCUGAAUUUUUUUUUGUUUUGUUUUUUUGUGUUACUUCUGGUUGUACCAAGUUGCUGUGGUUGUUACUGGCUGCUGUACACUUUGUGGCCAGCAGGUGUCACUGUGUUGCAUUUAAAGAUCCAAAGUUUCAUAUCUUUUUCGAUGCACAUAGACAGAAAGCUGCAUUUGGCUUCAUCCACUCAUCACUGGUUUAGUUCUUUCAGUGUUGGUUUUUAUUUUUGAUUCAUUUGUCUGUGUUGUAAUUCCAGGUGGUUCCAGCAGGGGCAGAACCCCCACACCAGCACCCAGGACUGGCUGUUCUCUGGAGGAUACUGGGACAGAAGUUACAGCAUGCUACCAGACAUCUACUAA